GUCCAUGGAUGCCGGCGCCAUUAGCAACGUACGCAAUUCCAGUCUCGGUUCCAUAUGCACCCGAGGGCACCGGAGCUUACAGGCAUUAUUACAAACCCACCUGAACAAAAAGGGACUCGCAUGAUGUCAUGCGCUGCAAUUGCAAUUGACAAGUAUCCCCUCGUAUAAUAGUUGGCGGCUGAGGCAUUUUGAUGUUCCCAAUUCUCUCCCGGUCCUAAGCAGCUUGUUCAUCGCCACUUGUUCUUCUCGUUCCCUUUCUGAAUGCCCUCACUGCUGGCUCUGUCACACGCCCAGGCAGAUUCCGAGCGACCGGCCAAAACUGGCUGACCCCACCCUAUCUACGCCGGAAUUCGGAUGUACCACGUGAGAACGCAGAAAGGGGGCUAGGGAGAGGGAGAAUGAAGGAAGACAAUAAAGAUGAGCGCCAUUCCGUAUCCGUGCACGAGAAUGUGUCCCGUGAUCCCACUGCUACGGGCGAGUUUGCCGUCCAAGUAGGAGAAACAGCACCCGACGAGAAGCGUCAAUUCGGCUGUAGAGGCACCGAGAUUUCGACGAGGAACACUCGGCGCGAGAUAUGCCAGGACCAGCACCACCAUCACCCCCUCCUCUCGUUCGACGAGAUCCCGGGAUGGUACCAGGACAAUUCGUAUAUCCGGGGGGGCUACCGGCCCGUGUUGCAGUCGGCGCGGGCCUGCUUCCGAAGCUGGACGUACGUACACAAUGAGACGAUGAACAUAUACACGCAUCUGGUCCCGGCGGCAGCGCUUCUCCUCGCCGGCGUGAUUUAUGUGAGCGCGCACCUCCGCUAUCGUGGCGGCGACGCCGGCGUCGUCGUAGCCCUGCUAUUCGCCGCGACCGCCUGCCUCGGCGUCUCGAGCGCCUAUCACACUCUCCUGUGCCACUCGCGCAAAGUCGAGACACUGUGGCUACGUCUAGACUUCGUCGGCAUCCUCCUCCUAAUCCUAGGCUCAUUCGUCUCGGGAAUUUAUGUCGGCUUCUGGUGCGAGACGCUAGAGAGGAACAUUUAUUGGUCUAUGAUCGGGACCCUGGCGGCGGUAUCCAUCGUGAUCGUACUGGCACCCACGUUUCAGGGUCCUCGGUGGCGCAUCUUGCGCUUGCUGACGUUCGUCUGCACGGGACUUUCAGGCCUGGCCCCCAUCGCCCAUGGUAUCAGCAUGUUCGGCUUCUCGCAAAUGGCGAAGCAAUCUGGCUUAGUAUACUACCUAGUGGAAGGAGCUCUGUUCUCGACCGGAGCCAUCGUGUAUGCUACAAGAUUCCCAGAGAGCCUCAGGCCGGGGACAUUCGACAUUUACGGCGCCUCACACCAGAUUUUUCACGUCUUGGUUGUCAUCGCUACCGUGGUUCACCUGGCCGGCGUCCUGGAUGCUCUCGAUUACAAUCACCAUCACCGCCAGUGCUCGUUUUAGGGUACGUUGGGUUUGUUACGCGGACAUCAGAGAAACACGCACCCCCUCCUAUUAUUUUAGACACGUGCGAACGU